GCCGACGACCUCACUUCGACUCUUACUCACGCCCUCAGCACCCAUCCUUAUCCUGACUGCCCAAUCUGCUUCAACCCCAUUCGUCCAGAACAGUAUACCUGGUCUUGCUCUACUUCAGAUCCCUCUGAAAACCUACAAUGCUGUUGGACCACAUUCCACCUGAAGUGCAUUCGGGCUUGGGCUUCCAAAAGCGUCAAAGACCUUCAAGAUGCAUGGCGUGCACGUGGUGAGGAACGUACUGGCGAAUGGAGGUGUCCCGGCUGUCAAGCCAAACGUGAAUCUGUACCAUCCAGCUACCGGCAAGUGCUACUUAUCUACUUUUAUAUCGUGUGCUUUUGUCAUCGCAUCACAAAUCCUUCCCCUACUCGCCUCGUCACCCCGCACAGCUGUGCAUAUCCCUGCUCCCGCGUACGUACUUCUGCUUGCGGUCACGGCUGUCCUCUUCCCUGCCACCCUGGUCCCUGUCCACCGUGCGCUGUUACCGUCCGGAAGGGUUGUUGGUGUGGACGCCAAGUGUCAACGGUCCGUUGUUCUUCCCUAGCAUCGCCAAACUCGACUACUGGCGUUUCCUGUGGCGUCAUUUGUAGUAAGCCCUUGUCGUGUGGGAAUCCCCAGCAUACAUGCGCUCAGGUUUGCCACCCCGGCGAGUGCAAGCCUUGCGUCGUGGCUGAAAUCGUCGCGUGUUAUUGUGGAAAAGAGGAGAAAGAAGUCCCGUGCGGCGACAGGAAAGAUCGGGCGGUUGUAUGCGCUGUUGAGGGAGAGGUUGGCUGGGAGGGCCGCUAUGAAUGCGAUGGUGUACCCUUUGCAUGCGGAGUACACACCUGCGAGAAAGGAUGUCAUCCCCCGUCAUUCACACCUCCAAGAUGCCCGCUUGAUCCAUCCAUCAUGCAAACCUGCGCCUGCGGCAGGCUCGCUCUCCCCACUGUCGAACAACACGAUCGCUAUAUCCACGGGCCGGAAUCAAUAACCACUCCCAAAUACGGCUUCAGUGGCAAAGACAUUGCGUAUUUCCUCGGACCCCGCACAUCCUGUACUGUUCCUGUCCCUACAUGCAAGCAACGGUGCAUAAAAACCUUACGCGACUGCUCGCACCAAUGCGGGGUAAGCUGUCAUAAUGGCCCCUGCCCACCAUGCACCGAGCUCAUAGAACGCACCUGUCGAUGCGGAGCGACGAAGAAGAUGAUCAGGUGCGGCGAAGUCAUCGAGACCAGUGAAAGUAACGAAGCCGGUGAUAUCCUUUGCGAUCGUGCAUGCAUAGCCCUACGCAUAUGCGGGCGCCACCAAUGCAACCGCAUUUGCUGUCCUCUCGCGUCUCUUUCUGCUGCGCAAAAAGGAAAGGGCAAGAAACGUGCAGGAUUUCUGGACGAGCUUGGUGCUGAAGAAGGCGGGCUGCACGAGUGCGACCUACCAUGUGGGAAGAUGUUGAACUGUGGGAACCACCGGUGCGACCGAAAGGACCAUCGAGGCGCGUGUGGGGUGUGUCUGCAGAGCGUUUAUGAAGAUCUCAUAUGCCCGUGUGGUCGGACGGCUUUGGAGCCUCCAAUUCCAUGUGGUACAAUGAUGACUUGCAGUUAUCCGUGCGCAAGGCCUUCACCUCCAUGUGGCCAUUCGCGCAUCCCUCAUGCAUGCCACGAGAGCCCAUCUCCUUGCCCACCGUGUCCGUUCCUCACCAGCAAACAGUGUGCUUGCGGGAAGAAGAUGGUGGAUAAUGUCAGGUGUGCGCAGGAGCGGGUGAGCUGUGGUACCGUGUGUGGAAAGUCACUAGCAUGCGGUUUCCAUCAUUGCGAACGCUUGUGCCAUGCAGAUGAUUGUGGGACAUGUACUGCUGUAUGCGGCAAGUCUCGCAAAUCAUGCUUGCCAGCACAACACCCAUGCACCCAAACAUGCCAUGCCCCAUCAGCAUGCCCUGAAACUGAAGCCUGUCUCACGCUUGUCACCCUCACCUGUCCCUGCGGCCUCAUUCGUUCCUCCAUCCCAUGCUCCCAAGCAAACUCAGCUGCCCAGCUCAGAUGCACUGGUGAAUGUGCGAUCAAGAAACGUAAUGCGCGACUUGCGGAUGCUCUUGGCAUCAGCUCCGAGAAACGCGAGGGUUCACAGGCCAAGGUCACUUAUAAUGAUGACCUAGUGACUUUUGCGAGAGCGAACAGUAAGUUUGUGGGAUUAGUGGAGAAGACGUUUGCAGAUUUCAUUACUUCUGAUAAACGCACACAAGUCCUGCCGCACAUGCCUCCUGAACGACGUAAAUUCGUGCAUGAUCUCGCGUCUAUCUACCGCAUGGAUACACAAAUGGUUGAUCAGGAACCUCACCGAAGCGUACAGCUCAUCCGGCGCAUUGACACGCGCAUCCCGACGCCACUUUUAUCUGCAUCCCUCCCAUCUGCAUCGCCAUCGCCUGCAGUCCUAGGCAAACUCGGUGAUUUGCGAGCCCCGAAAGCUGUGUCGGGCGUAACGAGUGGAAGUGGAGUAUGGGCCAAACCCCAACCAAAGGUUGCAGAAGCAGGUGGGAAGUGGACAGCAGUUGUCUCACGCCCUGGGUCUGGGAGUUCUUCGCCUGCUCCUGGUGUGUCGUCGAGCUCGGGAGGGAUUCAAACUCCCGGUGCAUCAUCGAGCUCCGGAGGGACUCAAAUUGGUACUGCUACUUUGAGUUUGAAGCCGAGUGCUGGAGCAUGGGUGUCGUCUUCUGUGCAGCGCGCGAGAGAAAUGGCUAGUCUAGACAUGAGUGGGGAGGAAGAAAUAGUGCCGGAUGAUUGGGAGGAUGAUGUGUAG